AUUUUCGACCACAGAACAAUCAUAUACAGUUGCUGUUUCGCAGCUCUAAAAUCUCCAAUGAUUUGUGCAUGAAAGAAUAAGUAACUAUGUCUCGAGUUACCAAGAAAGCGUCAUCUGUCUGUACAGACAGCCCACUGAGCAUGAGUGAAGUCUGUCGGAAGAUGACACUGAUGAGGCAGAUCCUCACCUCUUGUUUCGGACCCAAUGGUAGACUGAAGCAAGUCCAUAACAACGUUGGUGGACACGUCCUGACCACCUCCACCUCUACAUCCCUACUUCAAGCUGUUUCCUCAUCGGAGCCGUUACUCAAACUUAUAACUGCCUCCAUCCUAAACCACCUGUCCCGGUUCAGUGACUGUGGUCUGUACACUGGCAUCCUCUGUUUUUCCCUCAUUGACCAUGUUCAGAAGUCAGGCUUGAGACCAAGUGUUGCGAUCAAAAUCAACAAACAACUAUUGGAGGUUUGCACCAGUUUCCUCAACCAGGAGGACUGUGGCUGUAAAGUGAAUGUCGAUUUCAACAGCUGCCAGAGCUUGGUGACACUAGCCAGGAGUGUCAUCUCUAGCAAACCUGCCUGUGUGUUGACCGAGGGUGAACAACAGCAUAUCAGCACGUUGGCUGUCCAUGCCUUUCUACUGACUGUCCCCUGUGGUGACACCCCAGGCUCCCCAGACAGAGUCCGUCUUGGUAGGACUGUGACUGUCUCCAUCGAGGGACAGUUUGUGCUAGAUUCUGCAGUGUUUCCAGGUCUGCUGGUGAAUGUCCCAGACAUGCAGCUUCACCCCACAGACUCGGAGAAAACCAGACGGGGGCCUGGUCCCUUCCGACUAGCCCUGUUCACGGUGUCUCUCUCAGGGGAUCUAUCUGAGUUCGGAGAGGGGUCCCUGGAGGUGCACAGAGGAGCCCCUGACCCAGAAGACCUCAUCCUGGAUGAGUUACUGAAGCUGGGAGAGCAGGCAGUUACAGACCAGGUGGAGGUGUUUAUGUGUCAGAGAGUAAUACACCCUGUACUGCAGCAUUACCUCCGGAGGCAUGGGGUCUUGGUUGUAGAGAGACUCGGCAUUGCACUCAUCCAGCCCAUUGUUCAAAUGACAGGUGCUCAAGCAGUGGCAUUGUACCAGACCCCUAUACCUCCUGAGGCCUAUGGCCAGGUGGAAGGCUGCUGUGUCAGGACCGUUGGAUCCAGAAAGAUGUUGCAUCUCCUUCCACCUCGGGAACCAGCACCAGCUGUCUGCACUAUGGUCCUCUGCCACAGGAACGACACCAUGCUCAACGAACUGAAGGCUGCGUGUCAGAGGGCAGAGCAUGUGUUGAGGCUGACCCUGAGAGACCCAGUAGCUCUGCUGGGAGGAGGAUGCACUGAGACACACAUGGCAGCCUACAUCAGGAACAAGGGCAGUACUGAAGCAGCGAGGGCAGCGUUAUCCCUGGGAGUCUCCCAGUCUCAGUACCUACUGGGACUGAACGGGUUCUGCUCCUCCCUGGAGGCUGUGGCCGUGGCCCUGGUGCACGACGGAGAAACCGGCCUCGUAGACCUCAGCUACGCCCACCACUGGUCUGUGCCCCAGGGAGAGGCUGUUCAUUCGGGUACUGUGCCCCAGGGAGAGGCUGUUCAUUCGGGUACUGUGCUCCAGGGAGAGGCUGUUCAUUCGGGUACUGUGCCCCAGGGAGAGGCUGUUCAUUCGGGUACUGUGCCCCAGGGAGAGGCUGUUCAUUCGGGUACUGUGCCCCAGGGAGAGGCUGUUCAUUCGGGUACUGUGCCCCAGGGAGAGGCUGUUCAUUCGGGUACUGUGCCCCAGGGAGAGGCUGUUCAUUCGGGUACUGUGCCCCAGGGAGAGGCUGUUCAUUCGGGUACUGUGCCCCAGGGAGAGGCUGUUCAUUCGGGUACUGUGCCCCAGGGAGAGGCUGUUCAUUCGGGUACUGUGCCCCAGGGAGAGGCUGUUCAUUCGGGUACUGUGCCCCAGGGAGAGGCUGUUCAUUCGGGUACUGUGCCCCAGGGAGAGGCACUCCAGCGGGGUGAUGGAUAUGAGGUUCCAGCCACCUGUGGCUGUGGCCUGGUGGUGAGGAGCGCCAGGCCUGGGCUGGUGUGGACCCCCCUCAACACCAGGUACCCUUCACGUCCCGCCCCCCUGGUUGUGGGUAAGGACACUCCCCCUCAGCUCAGGGUGCUGGACUCCUUCACAGCCAAACUCAAUGCUCUGCAGGUUGCCGUGGAAAUGGCUAAUCUGGUACUGGACAUUAGAUACGUCAUCCAAGAUGUCAAUUGACACCAACCUCUCAUCCAAGAUGUCAACUGACACCAACCUCUCAUCCAAGAUGUCAACUGACACCAACAUCUCAUCCAAGAUGUCAACUGACACCAACAUCUCAUCCAAGAUGUCAACUGACACCAACAUCUCAUCCAAGAUGUCAACUGACACCAACCUCUCAUCCAAGAUGUCAACUGACACCAACCUCUCAUCCAAGAUGUCAACUGACACCAACAUCUCAACUGACACCAACAUCUCAAUUCAAGAUGUCAACUGACACCAACCUCUCAUCCAAGAUGUCAACUGACACCAACAUCUCAUCCAAGAUGUCAACUGACACCAACCUCUCAUCCAAGAUGUCAACUGACACCAACCUCUCAUCCAAGAUGUCAACUGACACCAACAUCUCAUCCAAGAUGUCAACUGACACCAACCUCUCAUCCAAGAUGUCAACUGACACCAACCUCUCAAUUCAAGUCAAAGGGGCUUUAUUAGCAUGGAAUGUGUUUACAUUGUCAUCGUUUUGUUUACAGUUUAUUUCAAUCAGCUUUUAACAGUAAACACAACACUUUCAAGAGAAUAACAACGUUUAAAACAUGAUAUUACUAGCGGUUAUAAAAAAAAUCUAGUGUAACAUUUAAAAUGUUACAUAAGCUAGGUGUCGUUGACAAUGUGCAAAUAGUAGACUGUACGAAUGACGGGGGUGGGAAUGAAUAGGCAGAGAUAUGUAGGUUUUAUUAGAGUGUUGUUUCUGACCCACUGAUUGACCUUUUCUUGUGGCAGCAGGUCACACAUCUUGCUACUGUGAUGGCGUUACUGGGAUAUUUUGCCUAACAGAUACAGGAGUUUGUCAAAAAUUAUAUGUGUUCGAAUUCUUUGCGGGUUUGUGUAAUUUUGAGGGAAAUAUGUGUCUCUAAUAUGGUCGUACAUUUGGCAGGAGGUUAGGAAGUGCAGCUCAGUUUCCACCUCAUUUUGUGGGCGGUGAGCACAUAACUUGUCUUCUCUUGAAAGCCAGGUCUGCCUUCGGUGGCCUUUCUAAAUAGUAAGGCUCACUGAGUCUGUACAUAGUCAAAGAUUUUAAUUUUAGGUCAGUCACAGUGGUCAGGUAUUCUGACACUGAGUACUCUCUGUGUAGGGCCAAAUAGCAUUCUAGUUUGCUCAGUUUUUUGAAAAUUCUUUCCAGUGUGUCAAGUAAUUCUUUUUUUGUUUUUCUCAUGAUUUGGUUGGGUCUAAUUGUGUUGCUGUCCUGGGGCUCUGUGGGGUCUAUUUGUGUUUGUGAACAGAGCCCCAGGACCAGCCGUUCUCUAGGUUAAUCUCCUUGCAGGUGAGGGCUUUGUGCUACUGUUUAUAUGUAGAUAUCUAGGUCGAUCUCUACUGUCUAUAUAUAGAUAUCUAGGUCGAUCUCUACUGUCUAUAUAUAGAU